GUGUCGUACCAUGGUAUAAAUGCACCAUGAAGCAUUUGUCAAACCAUCCUACCGUGAGAGGCCACAUGGCACCCGGUUAAAUGCAACGUUGCGAACUGACGGCAUCGGGUUCCUUUGUUACAUGCAUUCCAGCCUUUUGUUCUCGAAUACAACACUUGCCUUUCUGGGCAUAAUAGUAGGAUCACUUAUAAUUACCCACACCCGGGCCUGGUCAUUUCCCCCCACACAUAUCGUCCCUUUCUUUCCUUUGGACAUUCCCCUCGGUCGAGAUGACUAGUUCCUGUUCCAUUUCAGCAGAGAGCUCUUCCUCUUUUUUCGGGAAAUUCGGCCUACUGCGACAUGAGCCUCAGGGGACACAUAAGGUCCACUACAAAGAGUCCUGUGAAUGGGAUUUUGUCCUUGAGACGCCCAAAGAAAUUGACAUGUCGCUUGCCAUACCACACUACCGCGCACGACAUCAACCAAUAAACCAGCGUUUAAGAUUGUUCGUCGCUGGAGAGUCCUCACCUAUUAAGCUGAAAAUCUGCCGACCGGUGCCUCGCUGUAAAUUCUACCUGGAGGUCCAGGCAACUUCUUCGAAUGUGACGAUAUGGUUACCUUCGGAUUUCAGAGGUCGCAUUUGUUAUUCAGGGAAAGCGUCUUUCUCUGCUGGAUUUAUCAACCGUAUCAUGGCGAAUAUCCGGCUGAACGAGGGAGGCAGCGACAAGUGGACCGGAGACGAAGUCUUCGUGGAAACAGAAGGCAUUGUCACCUUCAGGAUGUGGGACGUCCACACGAAUGCGCCGGAAAAGGUGCACAGGGAAACCUUGAAACGAUUGUUCAGCUGCUCGAGGAAUACAUGCGAGACUCGCAUUAAUUGGGAUUUUCUGCUGGACGACUAAUUUUUUUUCGCAACUUUUCGUUCGUUCGUUUGCCAGCUGCAGUUGGUUCAUUCUAUGUCUUUCGAACAUUCUUAGGGAUCAGGCCCAGCGCCAGAGAUUUGAUUUUACCCCUUGCUACUCAUUACGCUG